AAUACAGUCUAGCUUAAUCGUUGUUGAAUUUGUACACCAGAAACAGUGCGACAAUAAUCAAGACCUGUACCUACACAAUACUAGUAACUUGUGAUGCAAGUCAAUUUUGGAUUAUUUGAAUAUCCAGAUAAAAACACACGUAAUUAGGUACAAAUAAUUUAAGAAAAUAUGGGUGUCGAUAUACAAACGUAUCGGGCAAGAAUUGGUACUUACAGUCAUUUCCGUGGCAGUGAUGUAACAACCGUUCCCAACAUAAGUGAUGAAUUGAAAACUGUAGGAUGUGUGUUAUUCAUCGGAAUCCUUUUAAUGAUUGCUGGAAUUGAACUAAAUCCAGGGCCGAAGGAGGAAGAAAGAAUAAAUGUUACUUCCGCAAAGACAUCACGUAUUAAAAUUUCUCAGUUAAAGAAAACUAUCAAUAAAGAGGUGCUUAAAUCAUUUUUCGAAAACGAACAGAAUUGCGGCGGACAAGUUAAAAAUAUUAAAUUUGACAACAAAACCCAAAGUGCCAUCAUCGAGUUUGAAAACAAUUCAGCUGUAAAUAGAAUAUUGGACAACAAACCGUUAAAAAUUGAUGGAAUAGAAGUUGAAGUAGAUAACCUUGUACAUGACAGUAUAGGUGCACAAAUCGAUUAUGCGUACGAUGCCCAAGGAGAUGAAACAACCGAUCAACAGUUUGAUUAUGACGAUGAACAUGCGAAGCUUUUAAGCGCUGUCGCUGAAGCCUCUCAAAAUGACAAUGAAAGUCCACAAAUCGGUAAUGAUGGUGAAAGCCUCGGAGAUGAAACCAUCGAUCAACGUUGUGGCUCCGAUUUUGAAUAUGCAAAUGAAUCAGAAACUGCUGGAGCAACAUCACAGACUGAACGUAAAACUACAGAAGGGGGAGUAAGAAAACGUCUUGCGUCAUUCUUUUCUUCAGCAAAGAAGCUAGUUUCAGAGACAGUCACAAGUAAAGUUACAAGAAAGAAUCCCGCGAAAAAUAAUACAAAAGAAUCCGAUUCUUCACGACAAGCAGCCUCAACUGAAACUGGAGGUGAUGAAUUUUAUCAACUAUUGCAAAGGCUUGAAUUAACAGCAACAUUCCCUGGUAAAAUUUCUUUGAGGGAUGUCAUAGCAAUUGAUUUUGAUGAAUCAAAUGUCCUGAAAAAUAGCACAAUAAACUUACCCGAUAUUCCUUGGUUACUUCUAAAGCGCUUGAUGUGCGUUCAUAGCGAAUCGAGAGAUAUAACAGUGUCAGAAAGCGAUGAACAUGCUUUGGAUUUAGAACAUUCACUCUCCUUUUGUUCGGAAGUACCAGGAGAAAAUCAAAACAUCAGCCCGUUAGAUAUAUUCACUGUUGUUUUUCAAUGUUGUGAUCCUGUUUUGAAGCAGGUUAUUGUCCAAAAAUUGUAUCUGUGUAAACUUGCUGUACCCUUCUUAUAUCAACAUUGGGAAAAUAAUACAAAACAGUCUCCAACACUCUCUAUUUGGCCGUUGCGGUUCCUGGUCAUAGAAAAUAAGCAAACACCUACUAAUAUACAUCAAAAACAGGAUAGAGAGUGUGAUGUUCUUGAACUGCCAACAAAAGUAUUAGCAUUUGGAAGGUUAGGUCAUUCUCGCUUUUCAAAAUCGAAACUGAUAAAUAGUUUUCUCUUAAGUCAGGGCUGUAACACAUUUUUUAAUAGAGACUGUCCCUCUGGCAUGUUUUCAAGACAUAUAAGUAAUGGACAGAUUGAGAUGUUUUGGUUACCAACCAUCGAUAAAAGUAAAGAUAUAUUUAAUCAUGCAAUGACAUUUUUAAACUUAAGGGGUGAUCUUGGCAAACACUUUAGUCCAGAUAUUUUGUACUUCAUAGCAAAUUUCAUAGAUUCAAUUGUUAUGGUCGUAGAAUUAGACAUAGUUUUAAACCAAAGUAAGAUUGUUGAAGAUGUUCUUCUUCAAUUUUCCUCAGUUAUUUUGAUAAUUCCGGACCAUUUAAACAAAGAUGCAGUUAAUUUAGUUAAGAGUUUUCAUAGUGGCGUAAUUUUAUUAAAGCCAAACAUAAGUUUACGAAUUUUGAGUACACAUAUACGCACUGUCGAGCAGAAUGUCGUAGAUAUGCUAUCACGCAUAACUAAAAAUAUAUUAGAUCUGCUUGAAAAAAAUAAAACAAUGUCUCUCGAAGAACGAUUAUCGCAAGCAAAUUUAGCAACAAUAAAAACAGACGAAGAGGACGACGUCUGUCAACAAUGCAAGAUAGAAGCUUCGAAACUUAUGGAACAAAUGAAAGCUGAAGGAGAACCAAGUGGUUGGAAACAACAUUUGACACCCGUUCAUAGUAACUUUUCAAAGCAGUUAGGAAAGUUAUUAAAAGAAAGGGAAAGAGAAAGAGAUUUUGUAGAAGGAGGAAACAUAGACGUAAAAAUCAUGACAGUUAGAAGACAACAAAUUAAAUCGAUAACCAAGUAUGUUAAAAGUUUCAUUCACGUUCUUAUUAAAAACCGCGAUCACCCUUUGAUUCUUAAUUAUUUUCUUUGCUGGUUACAUUUUCAAAUUGAAAGGGAAAAACGCCAAAUAUUUCCCUGUUUGGUGCAUGCAAUACGAAUUGCUUGGGAAAAACUAAAAUCAUUGAAAUGCGCUGAAGAAAAGGUCAAAGACGAGAUUAUAGAAAAACAAGAAACUGCCAUUUCAGAUUUGGAAGAACAGCUUGACAAAGAGUCAUUUACAAUUCAACAUUUCUUUCGUGAAAUUGGUCAUAUAAAUGAAGCAAUUUUAGAACUCAAAGAAGAUACAACCGAAUUAGGAUUACCAACUUUACACCACAUGUCGAAUAUUGUCAGCCGUCUUGUUGUUGAUGGACACCAUUUCGAGCUGAUUGAUGGUGAAAGCUUUUACAUGACUUACCAAUGGAAUAAAGCUGUCCUCAACAAUGUUGAUUCAUGUAUUGAAUCUAGUAAAGUUAUGACACUCGGCGUUUUAGGUUUGCAGAGUUCUGGAAAGUCAACUCUUUUAAAUACCAUGUUUGGAUCCCGAUUUCCUUCUAGAACCGGAAGGUGUACUAGGGGAAUACAUGUCCAGCUGAUCCCUAUAAAAAGUACCAAUUUGGCCGAAACCACUUUAUCGUUUAGCUAUGUUCUUAUAGUUGAUACAGAAGGUUUGAGGUCACCCCAGUUAAGUCAUCUGCAUCAUGAGCAUGAUAAUGAAUUGGCUACCAUUAUAACUGGUUUAGGUGACAUAACAAUGCUUACUAUAAUGGGAGAAAAUACAAGCUAAAUAAGGGAUGUUCUUCAAGUUAUUGUGCAUGCCUUUCUACGACUGAAAAUGACAAAUGAAAAAUUAGAUAUAAGGAAAUGUUGUGCAUUUAUUCAUCAAAAUGUACCUGAUACGUCCGCAAGUGAAAAAAUGAUAGGUGGUUUAAGCAAGUUAUUGCAGACUUUAGAUAAAAUGACAAAAGAGUCCGCGAGAAGUGAGGGAAUUCUUGACAUCACAACAUUUAACCAAGUCAUUGAAUUUGACAUAAAUUCUCAAGUGUGGUAUCUAAAGAAUUUAUGGCAAGGGAAUCCACCAAUGGCUAGAGUGAAUAAUGAAUACAGUGACAGUGUAGUGGAUAUAAAAUACAAUAUAUUGAAGAAGGCUUUGUAUAUGAAAGACAAAUCAUACAAAACAUUGACUGAUAUGAUUGAACAAGCGCAUGAUUUAUGGAAAGGCGUCCUUAAUGAAGAUUUUGUUUUCUCUUUUAGAAAUAGUCUUGAAAUUAAAGCUUACAUGCAAAUGGAGUGUGUUGUGCAAGCUGAACUUUGGCGACUUGAAAGCAUCAUUCGUGACAAAUUAAUACAAGAAUCGCAAAUCAACUUUGCUACGUGUGAUCAAAAGGAUGAUUUACGGAAUGUAUCACACAAACUGACAAGCUGGCUUCACGACCUCCUUUCAAGUGAAAAAAUCAAAACUGAAGAAAAUAUUCAAACAUAUUUUGACGGAAAUAAAUAUAAAGAUAUCAUUAUUCAAUGGAAAAGUACCCAGACAAUCCGUGUGAACUUAUUAUUUGAAAAACUACAACAAAUUAUCAACGAACAUGUCGAAAAAAGCCAAGUGAAAAGAUCAUUAGAAAUUCAAACCGUGGCAUGUCAAGGGAAUCACGAAGAAGAACUAAGAGAAAGAUCUUUGGCAGUUGCAAAUGACCACAAAGGUCAUAAUCUAUCUAACGAGAAGAUAAAUCAGCUUUUUGACGACAUUUGGAAAGAAUUCCUUCACCAGCUUGAUACUUCUUCUACAAGCAUGGAAAAACACAGAAGGAGCAUGCGAAAUAUUUUUACAACGUGCCUUGAGAACCUUUUGAAAAAUAAUAACGCUUUGCUUAAGCAAGCUUUGAAGGAGUCCAAUUACUUGACACCAUUAUCAAAUGUUAAAAAGUUAGCCAGUUCGUUUAGUGAAACGGGAAUCAAUGAAACAGACAUAAGCUUUGCCAUGAUACAAAGGAGGGAGGCAUUGUUUGGGUUCUCUUAUACACUGAAAUAUGUCGGAACCAGAGUAAAACAAAUAUUCAAAUCAGUUGACGUAAAAAUAAAAGAACUUUGCCAAAUUAAUGAUGAAGUAACAGA